AUGUCUAAUGAUAACACAGUACAGGUCAAUAAACCAGAAACCUUAGCAUCAAUUCUUGAGUAUUUGCAACAGGAAAGUAUCUUUAGUGCAGAGGACAAAUGCAGUCAAGAUGAGAUACUAAAAGAUUGUCCACAAUUCUUUGUAAACGAUCCAAGCAAAAAACUUAAUUGGCAACAGUUGGCAGAAUGUUUUGAGGAUGUCUUUACAAAGUAUACUGCAGAAACCUGUGAGUUGAAAGAACAAAUUGAAGAGCUAGUUCAAAAACGAAAAACACUAUUUGAAAGUUAUGAAAAGCUCGAUCAGGAAAGAGCUAAAGCUCGUAUUGAAAAAUCAUUGAGUUGGAUCAUUACCAAAGAAGACAACUUAUCAAAGUUCAAAUCAGAAGUGAACACUUUGUUGCAAACCACAGACUCGGAAGAUAAGCCAGCAAGGGACAAGGUAACUUAG